CGGGGGAUAAAGAGAAUGGAUCUGUCCGUACAUGCGGGUGAUUCUUACAGAAAGGCGUUCCAUCGGACAGGUUUUACUGUAUAACAUUAUUAAUAUUUUAAGUUGGUUAAUGGCAUAUAAACAUACUUAUAGCACAGUUGCUAAGAAUAUUUAGAAUAUGUAUCCUCCGGUUCCAUUCCAAAGUUUCAAAAAUAUACUCUAGUGACUAUUUUAGUCUGUUUAGAUCUGGUUUCAAAAAUAAACCUACUACAAAUAAAUACAGUUUUGACAAAAGAAACCUCUUUAUGCGUGUGCCUAAGACUAAUUUGAACUAUGUGAAUACCAUACCCCGUCUAUUCAUUGAUUUAAUGCUGUUGAACAUGUCAUUGUGACACUAUUUUGAAUUUAACGUCUCAAAGCAAGCACAUUCAAAAACUGUACGACUUCCAAUAGUCAAGAUGAUAAUCGUAGCAUUUGCAAUGGCGUGCGUUGUUUAUGCUGACAAUAUAGCAGUUAAGCCAUCUGAUGUGAUCACAAACAUUGGGAAUGAUAUAACAUUGCCAUGCCAACUGGCAGAAGGAGUAACAAAUGAAUACGUUUCAUGGUAUGAGUUCAACACAAAGGAGAAUGGAUUCCAAAUAUUUAAGUCAUAUCAGCCAGAUAUAGUUCAGAACUCGGAGAAGUUUGUGGUUGAUACCACUGAAGCGAAAUAUAACUUAAAUGUGAUCAAUAUAUCUUUUGAGGAUGCUGGGAAAUACACCUGUCAAACAUUUCAAGAACAACAAAGAUACCCUGCCUAUGUCACUGUUUAUGAAACGCCUUCUUGUGACAAUACCAGAACCAGUAGGGAAAGUAUAACAUUGAUGUGUAAAAUCAGAUACGCUGGUGUUGCAAAACCAACAUUACAAUGGUUCCGUAAUGGCAAAGAGACUUACACAAAUGUGUCCGUAGCAUAUAAUACAAGUAGUAAAGAUGCUCAUAUUGCAACUACAAAUGUAACUUUUGAUGUGUCCUAUGAAGACAUUGGUGCAAACUUUAUGUGCCGGGUGAGCAGUACGGACCACCCUGAAUAUGUUGGGGAUUCAUGUACAAGUACGCCGAAUUGGAAUGACAAUGAAAUAAAGGCUACAUAUAGAGUCUCUGCUACAGAACCUUCCAUUAGAGAUCGAAAUAUUUUCCUCAUUUCUAUGCUUGCUUCUCUCAAUGUCAUGGUCGUGGGCUGUGGACUAGCAGACCAUUAACGCCAGAAAGCAACCUUUUCAAGAAAAAUAUUAUUGGCCUGAUUCUCCCAAAAAAUGUGGCUUAAAUUGUGCAGAAGACAAACAGUUGUUAUUACAAAACGUGAUUACUGAAACCCUUAGCAACGAAGUUUUUCACUACACAGAGAUUGGCUCGUCUCCCCAUGUCACGAAUACCUCUUCGAAUCAUCGGUGGGUUCUUGAAGAGAGCAGCAACCUCAUUUCGUGAUUCUCUGUUAACUGUUCAAAUGUCUAAAACAUGGUCCAGAGCAGAUUUUGGCCCGUUGUGCAAAAGGAAUGAUUAUUCAGUGGUCUGUGGUCAUAUAUGAAUAAAUGACAUACCAUUGGAAAGAAAAAACAUGUGGAUUCAUGAUAAAAUAACUGAAAUUGAUGUUAUCAUCACUGGUUUAAUUAUUGGGACUCAGUGUAUAUAUACAAGCACAUCUGUGAUAUUGAAGUUAUGGUUACAAAAAAUGUAUGAUUAAUGUAUGUUAGAUUUAAAAAGCUGGCUUAUGAAAACACUUAUAUUCUAGAUGUACUAGUAUUAAGCUUGCGUUUUUGUAGUUUAGUCUAGUUGGUAUUUAGUUUUGUAUUGUACUAGUAUAUAAAUAUUAUUACUUUACUGUUGUACCAUAUUGUUAACUUGUGCCAUCAGAAAGCCAACUAAAGUCACAAACAAUUAUAAGUACAUUUGUAACUGGCAGAAAUCCUGAGACAACGGACUUACAAUAAGAUA